GCAGUUUUGGAGAUUUUGCUUCAUCUCGACCCUUCCCUUUUUUUCCCCCCAAAACUGACAAAAGUUUUGUUUAUUUAUUUUUAUAAUUAUAUUAAAGAGAAAUUAGAUUCGUUGGGACAGUCAAAAGAUGUGUAGUAUUUAAUUGGGCUUUUAGUUCUCUUCCAUGACAGCCUGUGAUCCUAUACUUUCCCCUUUUCUUCCAACAUCAAUUUUUGUGUCCGGAAAUCCCAUUCUAAAUUCUUCGGCCAUGGCGCAAAAGUUUAGAGAACACCCCAAUGGCCCAAUCUUUUGUGUUUAAUCAUUAGGGAACUAAUCCUUCUUGUUUAAUAGAUUUAUUAUCUUCAAACACCAUCAAUUUUCUUGAGGGGCCCACAAAUGGGAAAAAAAAAAUUCCAACUUGUGAAAUGGGGCAUCUCUAACUUAAUGCUUUUUAUCUUGUUUUGGUUGUGUAUUGUUAGUGGAUAUGAUUCAUAAACUCUGUAUUUUAAGUUGACUGAGAGUCUGAGUCAUGACUUUUGGUGUGUGUGUGUAGAUUGCUGGUAAGAGUGAAGUUGUAGCAACAAUGAAGAGGCCAAGAAAGAAAAAGACACUGGGAGAACUUAAAGAGGAGGAGAUUUUGCUAUUAAAGGAAAGGAGGAACUUGAAAGAUGCCUUGGCUAACUUGCGGCUCUCUGUGGAAAAACAGAGGGCUAUAAAUGGAAGCUUGAAGAAAAUGAAGCUUGAUUUCCAAUCACAGCAAGUGACUGAAACGGCUGUAUCGCCUGCCACUUCGAAGGAGGUGAACUCCGACCAACCUCAACCUUCGAUACCAUCAAGAUCUAUAUGCGACACUACGACCAUUGGAGUUGCUGGUUUUGGUUGCAAUGAUGUCAAUGCUUCCUACCAAUUAACUCUGCAAAACGUUUCUUGCAAACUACAGGAGAUGGGAACUCUUGGGACUGUUCGUUUAUUACCCGAUCUUAAUUUGCCUUUUCAAGAGGAUUCUGGCCCCGAGGUCUUAUACCGAAUGAACUAAGGCGAAUUCAAACCGAAACCAACCGACAUUCGGCUUCCAUAACUGAGAGGAACACGAAGAUCAACAACAACAACAGCAUUUGCUUCUUAAUAAGAUGUAGUUCCUAAAUCCUAACCCUGUCAUAGGCUUGAGUUACUGUAACUGUAAUUACAAAAACCAAUUUUCUCAGAUGCAUAUUCAUACAUCUUUCCUUUACUUUCCCUUCCGUAGUAACCCAAAAAUGUCGAGGAUAGAACCGUGUAGAGACCGAAAUCCCGUUACCUUUUUUGUUAUAUUAUUCAUUCACAGCCAUCUGCAUUUGCUUA